AUGACACCACCAACAUAUCAGCUGUGGGUUGGCGGCAAGUACAUCGACGGCAGUGGUGAACGUAUUGCCGUCGAGAACCCCGCGACGGGGGAAAUGAUUGCAGAAUGUCAUACAGCCUCGGAUGUCGAUGUCGACAACGCCGUGAUCACAGCCCAUUCGACCUUCAAGUCAGGCGUGUGGUCCCGGUGCUCUCGGCAUGAGCGGGCCGACGUCCUGGAGAGAGCAGCCGACUGCCUCACGCAGGAGAUGCAGAGCUUGAUCUCCCUCGAGGUGGCCCAGACUGGACGCGCCGUGCGCGAGAUGCAAGCCCAGGUGCCCUCGCUGGUGCGGUGGUUCAAGUACUACGCGGCGGUGCUCCGGACCGAGGAGCGCCCCGUGUUGCCUACGUCGGGAAAGCUUCACAACUGGGUCGAGAGGGUGGCCCUCGGCGUCGUCGUGCAGAUCACACCCUUCAACCACCCGCUCCUCAUCGCCGUAAAGAAGCUGGCGCCCGCCCUCGCCGCGGGAAAUUCGGUCAUUGUCAAGCCGAGCGAGCUCACGCCGUUGACGACGGUGCUCCUCGGUCCCAUCCUGCAGCGGGCGGGGCUCCCGAACGGCGUCUUCAACGUCGUGCCCGGGCUAGGGGCCACGACGGGCAAGCGGCUCGUCGGCAGCCCGCUCGUGCGCAAGGUGGAUGUGACGGGCGGUACUGCCGCGGGAAGGGCCAUCGGGUCCAUCGUCGGCGGCAACCUCGCGCGCUACACGGCCGAGCUGGGCGGGAAGGCCCCCGUCAUUGUCUUCGAGCAGGCCAACCUCGACGCGGCCGUCAACGGUAUCGCCUUUGGCGCCUUUGUCGCCAGCGGACAGACCUGCGUGGCAGCGACGCGCAUCAUCGUGCAGAAGUCCAUCAUCGGACCCCUGGUCGAUAAGCUCAGGUGCAAGGCUCAGUCGAUUACCGACCGCAUGGGAUCCCCGUCGAAUCCAUCUUCGACGAUGGGGCCUCUCGUGUCGGCGAAACAGCUGGCCCACGUCGAGCGCCUCGUCGACCAGGCCAAGGCAAGCCUCCACUCUACAACCGUGUGCGGCGGCCAGCGUCUGUCCGGCACGUCAGCUCUGGACGGAUAUGACUUCACAAGGGGCUACUACUACCCGGCCACCAUCCUGGCCUCCGCAGGCACGCAAGGUGAGAAUACCAUUCUCAGGACCGACAUCUGGAAGGAGGAGGCUUUCGGUCCCGUCGUCGUCGUGGCCGGCUUCGAUACCGAGCAGGAGGCCAUUGAGCUCGCCAACGACAGCCAGUUCGGGCUCGGCGCCGCCAUCUGGACGACUGAUCUCAGCCAGGCCCAUCGCGUGUCGAAGGCUGUCGAAUCCGGAAUCGUAUGGGUCAACACCCACCACCGGAACGACCCCAGCAGCCCUUGGGGCAGUGCGACGAGCGCCAGCGGCGUUGGGAGCGAGAACGGAGUCGAGGCUUACCAUGCUUAUACCACUACCAAGAGCACCAUCAUCAACUAUGCCUCUGCCGAGGAGGCCAUCUCUACGGAGGACUGGUUCCGCCAAGGAAGCGGCCAGGUUCGCUAUGGCUGA